AUGGUUUCGGAAUGCUUUAACUUAUUGGACCGAAAGGCUUAUGGUGGAAAUGUGGGAAUCAAAGUGGAUAUAGCAAAGGCGUUUGACACUCUAAAUUGGGAUUUUCUGCUUCGAGUUUUAAGUAAUUUUGGGUUCUCUCCCACUUUCACUAGUUGGGUCAGCUCUAUUCUUCACUCAGCAAGACUAUCUCUUUUAAUCAAUGGCUCUCCUCAAGGUUUCUUUACGUGUUCUCGUGGUGUUAGACAAGGAGAUCCUCUUUCUCCACUUCUAUUCUGUCUUGCAGAGGAGGCUCUUAGCCGGGGCCUUCACUUACUUCUCCAAACCCGUCAAUUGAAGCCAAUAUCUUUUCCCAGGAAAUGCACUGCACCGUCUCAUGUGUUAUAUGCAGAUGACCUCAUGGUGUUUUGUCGUGGGGACAAAAACUCUCUUAAACGGCUGCGUGGGUUUUUUGACCGUUAUAGUGCAGCUUCAGGGCAAUUCAUUAAUGCGGAGAAAAGUACUUUCUAUCUUGGAGCUAGGUCUCGUCACAGGAAAGGUACAGUUCAACGUAUAUUGGGUUUUCAUGCAGGGCGCCUACCUUUUAUUUAUCUGGGAGUUCCUAUUUUUUGUGGAAAACCCCGCAGCUGCCAUCUCCAAGUUAUUGCCGAUAGAGCUAAGUCAAGGUUAAUGGGUUGGCAGGGGAGGCUUCUUUCUAUGGCUAGGCGUACUCAACUUGUGCAAUCUGUUUUUCAAAGUAUGCUUCUUCAUAGUUUUUCAGUGUAUCAAUGGCCUGCAUACCUUGUGAAGAAGUUAUCUACAUGGGCGCGUAAUUUUAUAUGGUCUGGAAAUAUUGAGACUCGGAAAAUUGUCACUGUUACUUGGACUCAAGUUUGUGCUCCGAAAAAAGAGGGCGGGGUUGGUAUUCGUGACCUGGCAACUCUUAAUUAUGCGGCUGUUUUAAGGUUUGCAUGGAACUCUUUCACUUCUUUGAACCAAUGGGGUGAUUAUAUGCGAACUCGUUACCCUAUAUUAUCUAGUUCCAAAGUGAGUUACCGCAAAUCCUCAAUCUGGCCAGGUUUCCGCUCUAUUGCUCUUCAUAUCACCCACAAUUGUCGUUGGAUUAUUGGAGAUGGUCGUUCAGUGUCCUUUUGGAAGGAUAAAUGGCUUCAUGAUCCAAUUUUGGAAAUUUUGGGUUUUUUCGACUGGUCAGGAUUCAGUGAUCUACGUGUGGCAGAUUUCAUCUCAGAUCAUUCUUGGCAGUUUCCCUCUUUUUUCCUAGAUACCUUUCCAGACUUGUACAGAAAAAUUUCUGAAAUUUGUCUCCCUUUAGACACAGAACCUGAUAUGCUUAUUUGGGAGUCUACAGCCUCUGGAGAGUUAUCUUUCACUGAUUCUUAUAACUUGCUUAGACGACACUUUAUUUUGAGAGACUGGGCUUCUACUAUUUGGCAUUCCUUCAUUCCUCCACGAUUUUCUUUCUUGGCUUGGAGGAUUCUCUUAGAUCGCUUGCCCACUGAUAAUCGGCUGAAAAGAGGUGGGAUUCUGAUUGUGUCCAUCUGCCAAUUAUGCAACAAUUUGGCAGAGUCAGCUUUACACUUAUUUUUACACUGUCCUUUCUCCCAACAUCUUUGGGGAUGGCUGGCAACUCAGUUUGGAACCUCAUUUCCUGCUUAUGACUCACUGUUGGAUUUUUGGGUUGGCUUUUGUCACAAGGGUUUUUCCCCUCAGCUUUAUAAUUUGUGGUUGGCAGCUGGAUUGCUUACUUUCAUGGAAAUUUGGAAGGCGCGAAAUAGACUCAGGUUUGAUAAUCGUUCUCCUAUUUUUUCUACACUGUGUUGUUCAAUUAUGGCAUGGAUUCGGCAAUUUGGUUCUCUUGCUCCUGGUUACUAUAAAGGCGUCCUUGAUUCCCAACUUCUUUCUUCCCUUGGGGUGUGCCCCAAGCCCCGUAAAGCGCCCAAGAUUCAACGUGUCCUAUGGCAUCCCCCCUCCCUCCUUGGGUUAAAGUUAACACUGAUGGUCUGGGAAAAGGUAAUCCUAGUCCUGCAGCUUGUGGGGGAGUUUUUCGCGAUGCUUCUGGGGUUUAUUUAG